AUGGAGCUCAAUGUGAGGGACAACCGAUGGGCUAUCCUCUGCUGUGCCAUCUCGGCCAUCGGAGCCCUCUGCUAUGGCUAUGAUCAAACUUACUACACGGGAAUCCAGGGCAUGCAGACGUUCAAAGAUGCCUAUGGCAAUUACGAUCCUUCUACGGGGACCUAUUCCCUGGCCACCAGCUUCACCUCGCUCACUACAUCGAUCAUCUACGUGGGUGAAUUAGUCGGCGCUCUGCUGGCUGCGCCUAUCAAUGAUCGCUGGGGCCGGAAAGCCGUGUUCUUUGUAGCAUCAAUUGCUAUCAUCGGUGGUGGCAUUGCUCAGGUGGCCGACACAGGGAUUGAGGGCGUGAUUGUGCUGGGUCGUAUCCUGGUUGGACUGGGUAUUGGUAACUUCACUGUUACCUGCCUCCUUUACAUUGGCGAGAUUGCACCGCGGCAAGUCCGAGGCCCGGCACUGAUGAUGUUUCAAUUCUUGCAGUCGUGCUCGCAGCUGGUUGCCUCUGGCAUUACCCAAGGAACGGACAGCAUCAAACCUUCUAGCGCCUCGUACCGAAUCCCGAUGGGCUUGCUGGUCCUGCUCCCGAUUCUGAUGCUUGCUGGCCUACUUGUCAUUCCGGAGAGCCCGACCUGGUACAUAAACAAAGGCCGCAGGACAGAUGCCGAGACAGCCCUGCGCAAGAUCAACCGCAGCAACAAGUCGUAUGACCCGGCCAACGAUAUUGCUGUUCUGGAAGAAGCCAUUCAAAGACAACGGGAACAUGAAACACUCGCUGGAUGCUCGGCAUGGCGCGCAUUAAUCGCCGAUCCCAUUGAGCGCCGCAAACUCUUUUACUCGUGCGGCUCAAUGUGUGCCCAGCAAAUAAACGGCAUCGUGUUUUUCUACUCGUAUGGCGUCAUAUUUGCUCAAUCGCUAGGCUUGGCUCAAGCAUUUACAAUCUCUUUGAUCACCAACAUCUUGCAAGUCGUCGCAGUCGGUGCAUCGGUACUACUAGGAAACAAAGUCCCUCGCCGGACUAACCUACUUGUCACAACCGGCAUGAUGUUCUUUGCCUACAUUAUCAUCGGAAUCAUCGCCACUCAUAAGGUGACGACCAGGCCAGCCAUAGCCAUCGUGACUAUUAGCUACAUCGUCAUUGUCGCCUUCAACUUUGGCCUCGGCCCGCUGGCCUAUACCUGGGCUAGUGAAGUAGCUGUUGGCCCAAACAGAAACAAAAUCAUGUCAUGCGCUAUCGUCAGUUUUUUCCUGGCCACAUGGGUGAUAAGCUUUACCGCGCCGUACUUGUACUACGAUGCCAAAUUGGGAGCCAUGUUGGGUUUUGUUUAUGCUGUAACAACUAUCAUCUCCCUGUUGUACAUUUACUUUUGUGUGGGAGAAACUACCGGCCGAUCUAUUCUCGAGAUUUCCAUGUUUUUUCAAGAAGGUAUCCCGGUUCGCCAAUGGAAGGAUCAUGUUUUCUCUUUUUCAGAAGAGGGUCUUGCCGCUCAUGACAAGGCCGCAGACCAGAGGGAACUAGAAGAGCAUGUAGAGAAGCUUUGA